ACGGGGGACGUUCUUCCCCCGAGAUCCGUCCCGGCUGCGCGAGACCUACGCGCGGCCCCGGGCCCCUCCCAGCCUCGCUGCUCCGCGAACCUGCAGCCUCAAGGGCCGCGGGCGUGCCGCGCGAGAGGCCCCGAGGACGUCACAGACGCGCGGCCAAGCCUCCAGCCCUCCCCGUCGCGCCCACAGCCCCUCUCCACCGUCCCCUCCCGCGGACACGGGCGCGCAGGCUGCACACUCGGCCACACUCCCUCGCGCGCGCAGCCCGCCGCCUCCUCCCGCCCCCCGAGCGAACAUGGCGGCUCUCAAACUCCUCUCCACCUGGCAGCGGCUCUGCGCCUCCGCCCGCGGGUCGGGGGGCGCCUGGGCCAAGGAAUGUGUUUGCUACUUUUCAACCAGCACGCAUCGACAUACCAAAUUUUACACGGAUGCAGUAGAAGCUGUAAAGGACAUCACUGAUGGUGCAACACUGCUGGUUGGUGGUUUCGGGUUAUGUGGAAUUCCAGAGAAUCUUAUAGGAGCUUUACUAAAGACUGGAGUGAAAGGGCUAACUGUAGUGAGCAACAAUGCAGGGGUUGACAACUUUGGCCUGGGCCUUCUACUUCAGUCCAAGCAGGUAAAGCGCAUGAUCUCUUCGUAUGUGGGAGAAAAUGCAGAAUUUGAACGACAGUACUUAUGCGGAGAAUUAGAAGUAGAGCUGACGCCUCAGGGCACGCUUGCAGAGAGGAUCCGUGCAGGUGGGGCUGGAGUUCCUGCAUUUUACACCAGCACAGGCUAUGGGACCUUGGUGCAGGAAGGAGGAGCUCCAAUCAAAUACAACAAAGACGGGAGCAUUGCCAUCUCCAGUAAGCCCAGAGAGGUGAGGGAGUUUAAUGGCCAGCAUUUUAUUUUGGAGGAAGCAAUUACAGGGGAAUUUGCUUUGGUGAAGGCUUGGAAGGCAGACCGAGCAGGAAAUGUGAUUUUCAGGAAAAGUGCAAGGAAUUUCAACUUGCCAAUGUGCAAAGCUGCAGAAACCACAGUUGUAGAGGUUGAAGAAAUUGUGGAUAUUGGAUCAUUUGCCCCUGAAGACAUCCAUAUUCCUAAGAUAUAUGUACAUCGCCUUAUAAAGGGGGAAAAAUAUGAGAAAAGAAUUGAGCGUUUAUCAAUCCGGAAAGAGGGGGAUGUAAAAACCAAAUCUGGUAAACCUGGAGAUAAUGUCAGGGAACGUAUCAUCAAGCGGGCAGCUCUCGAAUUUGAGGACGGCAUGUAUGCUAAUUUAGGCAUAGGAAUCCCACUUCUGGCCAGCAACUUCAUCAACCCAGAUAUCACUGUUCAUCUGCAAAGUGAAAAUGGAGUCCUGGGUUUGGGUCCAUAUCCAUUACAAAAUGAAGUGGAUGCAGAUCUAAUUAAUGCAGGCAAGGAAACGGUUACUGUUCUUCCAGGAGCCUCUUAUUUCUCCAGUGAUGAAUCAUUUGCGAUGAUUAGAGGGGGCCAUGUCAAUCUAACAAUGCUAGGAGCAAUGCAGGUUUCCAAAUAUGGUGAUCUGGCUAACUGGAUGAUACCUGGGAAGAUGGUGAAAGGAAUGGGAGGUGCUAUGGAUCUGGUGUCCAGUGCUAAAACCAAAGUGGUGGUUACCAUGGAGCAUUCUGCAAAGGGAAAUGCAUAUAAAAUCAUGGAGAAGUGUACAUUGCCACUGACUGGAAAGCAAUGUGUUAACCGCAUCAUUACCGAAAAGGCUGUGUUUGAUGUGGACAACAAGAAAGGGCUGACUCUCAUUGAACUCUGGGAAGGUCUGACAGUGGAUGACAUAAAAAAGAUCACUGGGUGUGGUUUUGCAGUUUCACCAAAUCUCAUGCCAAUGCAGCAGAUUUCAACUUGAAAUGUGGAAUAGACAUUUGUCCCAGGCUAUGUGUUUUUCAUUUUGAUCUCAUAGGAUUUCAUUGAAAUGACAUCAGUAAUCAUAAUUGUAUAUUCAACAUGCAGUUUUUGACAUUUCCUGCUAUCAUUUUAUGCUUUGUGCAGCCGUAUAGACUUUGUUCUCUCAAGUAUGCUGUGACAUUUUAAUGAAUAUCAGAAAGAAAAAAUAUAAACGAUUAUCUUGAUUGUUUUAUAAGUGCUAAGAAGGCUAUCAUUACAGUUGGUGCUCACAUUGGAUUUAUCUUCAUCUUCUGUGGUAUGUACACUAAAUUGUGUGCAGUUUGUGCCAAGAUGGGCCCUUAGGAAGUGUUUCAUUGAUUUGCUGGCCCUCCUAACUAAAUCAUGACAUGCAGAGAAAGAAGAAUGAGGGGGAAAAAUAGCCCAGAUUAUACCCAAGGCAGCAUUAUAUUAGUCCUGAGAGAGAGCGUAUACAUGAGUUUGGAUUAGGAGAAAUGCUGUCUUAAUGACUGUUUUUCCUUCAGCCUCCUCUGACUUUGCUUUUGCAGGCCCCUGAUUUAAUGAUUACAUCAUGUGUCAGUAGGACAUCUCUCUUCCUCCCUCACUUUUUGUAACUAUAUAGGUGCCCAUGAAGGCAAAUAGGAACAUCUGUGUGGGAGAAGUAACUGACUGUGGGAGGGGCUGAUGGGUAUAGGAUCUAUAGGGGCUGACAUCCCACCAGGAAGUUGCCUUUAUAAACCAACCAACCAACCAACCAACCAUGCAUUGCCAAAGAUGAAGGUUUAUUAUAGGAAAAGGGCUAUAAUCAUAACUGGUCUAGCCAUUUUUCUCAUUUUAAAACAGUGCUAUAUUCCUAUGUAUCUGAAAGAGUUUUCUCUAUAUCAUUCAGGCCCAGUGGGCUACUUGUACAAAGCCAAGAGGGACUGUAGGAUGAUUCACCAUGAAUCCAUCCAGUCACAAUGACAGCAGUGUUUUAAAAAAGGGUUGGGGGUGGGGGGCGCUUUCAUAUUUCUAAAUAUUGAAUGCCUUUUUCUAUAGAACAGUGUUCUUACUGCUGCCUAGGCUACUUUCUUGAACAAAGUACUUUUACUUCAGCUUUAUCCUAAUAGAGGAAAUAAUGAUAAACCAAAUUCAGGAUCUGAAGAGCUGUGAACUUUCGUUGUUAAAAAAUAAACAUGGUGGAUUAACUUCUAUAAGGAACUUCUCCUCUGCCAUGUCUUCAGUACCAAACAGUUGCCUGGAAGCAUAGCAAGCAUCCUGGAUAUCAAAUGGGAGAAAAAUACGGGCACCUGAGGACAGGCCAGGCAGCUGUCCUGUAGACAUAGCAUAGUAUAGUGCAAUCAAUCAUUCGUCAGCCACCAGGUAGAGGAAUUCACAGGUGUCAUUAGGUGUCAUCACCUGAAAGCCAUCAGGUACAGCUGCAUUGGUGUCAUAAACAGUAUUAAAAGGAGGAGAGAGGCUUUUUUGAGAGUAUCACACUCUAUAUGUAAAAUAAUCUUUAUGGCUGGCUGUUGAAUGCAUAUUCUCCUGGUACUGGUAAAAAGGACUUUGCAAUGUCAGGAGAAUAAUAUAUAUCUCUUUUAGAGUUAUGAUUUGGAAAAAUGCAUGUUAUUGAUGGUUGCUAUACUUGCAGACUUACCUGCUUCUCAUUCCAGACUGUUACUUUAGAAUAAUGUGAUUCUAAGAAUGUUCCCAAUUUUGAGUGUCAAAAUCUAAGUAGAUGACUGUAUAUUCUUGAUUAAAGAGUACCGUGAAUGUUAAGAAAUACAGUAAAUAUUUUGAAUUGA